CCCCAAGUCGUGGACGCACGGGGGAGGUGGUGCGGUCACGUGGGCCGCCGACGGCGCGACUCGCGGCUCUGGGAGCUGGUGGCCUCCGGCUCUCGCUACCGCCGCCCCUUCCCCUCGCCCGUGCCGCCGCCAGGUGUAUUGCCGUCAGGUACGCCCUCGCCAGGUGGCACUGGACGCGCCAGGCUGGGGCCGCAUCUGAGCGCCCCACGGGGGCCAUGGAUGGCGAGACAGCAGAGGAACAGGGGGGCCCCGUGUCCCUGCCAAGUGCACCUUGCGGACCCGGCUCAGCUGGAGCUCCGGCCCUAGGGGGGCAGCAGGAGCCCAAGAAGUAUGCAGUGACGGAUGACUACCAGUUGUCCAAGCAGGUGCUGGGCCUGGGUGUGAACGGCAAAGUGCUCGAGUGCUUCCACCGGCGCACCGGGCAGAAGUGUGCCAUGAAGCUCCUGUAUGACAGCCCCAAGGCCCGGCAGGAGGUGGAGCACCACUGGCAGGCCUCGGGCGGCCCCCACAUCGUGCGCAUCCUGGACGUGUACGAGAACAUGCAUCAUGGCCGACGCUGUCUCCUCAUCAUCAUGGAAUGUAUGGAAGGUGGUGAGUUGUUCAGCAGGAUUCAGGAGCGUGGCGACCAGGCUUUCACUGAGAGAGAAGCUGCAGAGAUCAUGCGUGAUAUUGGCACUGCCAUCCAGUUCCUGCACAGCCAGAAUAUCGCCCACCGAGAUGUUAAGUGUUUUCUUUUUCUGGUCCAGCCUGAAAACCUGCUCUACACGUCCAAGGAGAAAGACUCAGUGCUCAAGCUCACUGACUUUGGCUUUGCCAAGGAGACCACCCAGAAUGCCCUGCAGACACCCUGCUACACUCCCUAUUAUGUAGCUCCUGAGGUCUUGGGUCCAGAGAAGUAUGACAAAUCGUGUGACAUGUGGUCCCUGGGCGUCAUCAUGUACAUUCUGCUGUGCGGUUUCCCGCCCUUCUACUCCAACACGGGCCAGGCCAUCUCCCCAGGAAUGAAGAGGAGGAUCCGUCUGGGCCAGUAUGGCUUCCCCAACCCCGAGUGGUCGGAGGUCUCCGAGGAUGCCAAGCAGCUGAUCCGCCUCCUGCUGAAGACGGACCCCACAGAGCGGCUGACCAUCACGCAGUUUAUGAACCAUCCCUGGAUCAAUCAAUCCAUGGUGGUGCCACAGACCCCACUCCAUACGGCCCGAGUGCUGCAGGAGGACAGAGACCACUGGGACGAAGUCAAGGAGGAGAUGACCAGUGCCCUGGCCACCAUGCGGGUAGACUACGAUCAGGUGAAGAUCAAGGACCUGAAGACGUCUAACAACCGGCUCCUCAACAAGCGGAGAAAGAAGCAGGCAGGCGGCUCCUCGGCCUCACAGGGCUGCAGCAACCAGUAGCUCGUGGGGUCCCGGAGGAGCCGGGCCUCUCAGCCCAGGGACAGACUGGGGUGGGCUGAGGCCCUGGCCCAGAGGGCCCAGCGUCAUUUUCUUUUUUUAACAAAAGAACUAUUUUAUUGUAUUUUAAUUUGUCACUUGGAACUUCAGGAUGGGAGACCGUGACCCUACACCUCCUUCAGAGCCCCAGCUCAGGCUCAGGCCGUAGAGAGGGGCCAGUGCUUGGGGGCUAGGGAGCCACCUGCUACAGCUGCAGUGCCUUUGCGCAGAGUGUCCUGAGAGUCGUGGCUCUGUCCCGCCCUUGGGCAUGGCCUUACACUUCUGGGCCUCUGGGCGUUGUGGCUGGGUUUCCCUCCUUCCAUGGAGACACCCCCCAGUGGGGUGGGCAGAUGGGCCUAUCCUUGGGGAAGGCAUCUGGCCAUUGGUUACCAUGGUGACCAGGGACAGAGUUGCUGCCUGUGAAUGCUGAGUGAGCAAGGGAGGGAGAAGAGGCAAUUGAGUGUCCGCCUUGGCUUUCUUACAGAGGCUGGUCUUUCUCCUGCAGCUCAGGCUCAGCCCUCUUGGGUCUCCUUGAGGCCACAGGGUCAGUCUGCCUGCCUCUCGGGGUGGUCCAGGUCUGUCCUGCUGCAACCCCAUCCCAUAGGGCCACUGGCGCUCUCCCUCCACGGUCCCUGGGCCCAGCCCUUCUGUUACUAUGCCCUACCCAAAGAGUGGCCUUUCAUCUCAACUGAGGGUGGGAGGUAUUUUUAACCCUUUUCUACUUUGAAAAAUGUCACUGUGACAAAAGUCAGUACAGUUCCCCUGCCCCCACCUGCUCACCAGAACUCAGGUAGGAAAACCUCUCUCUGUACUGGUUUAUCCUCCACCCUGUCCUGGUUGAUGGCAGAGGUGGUCUCUUGGUGUACUUUUGUGAGAGUAGAUGGCUGGGGGCAGGGCCAAGAGGCUCCCGGUUAAUCAGGGGUCUCUUUUUAUACUCCAAGGCAGUGGAGGGCCUAAGUGACGCUUAGAAGGACUGUUCCUGGCCUUCACCUGUGUCAGAGCAGAGAGCAUAGCAUCCCUUUCUUGCCAGUCCAGGCUUAGCCAGCCCCACACUGCCCAGGGUAGCCUUGGGACGCUGCGUGCCUGAUAAGGGCCUCACAAGUGCCUGACACCCAGCCUGUUUCCUGGUUUCUGACCCCUUUACUGGCUGGGAAGCCCUAGACCACGUCACAUAGGGCAACACUGCUGGGUUUUAUACUCAGAUAUUAAUAAACACCAUUUUGGCAUUU